UGAAAGAUUGACAGCUCGUGCCUUCCUAGCUCGCUGGUGGACUCGGCAGCUCCCGUUGUGUGAACCAAACGAACACAACUGACGUCGACACUCAGUUUUAGUUUCUCACUUUUACAUAAGUUUGAAACAGGAGUGACUCGGUGUGGAUUUUCCUCGAGCCUUCGGGGUAUGACAGUGGGGCGGCCGCGGCAAACAAAGUAAAAGAGGAGGCAGACCCGUCCGUUUGAUGGCUGCUGGGGAUGGAGCCCAGCUGCCGGCCACAGUAGCGGCCAGCCGGAGCGUGGAGAAGGCUCUGGAGGAGGCUGCAGCGAGUGGGGCUCUCAACCUGUCCAACCGAAAGCUGAAGGAGUUUCCUCGCAGCGCCAGGAACUACGACCUGUCUGACAUAACACACGCAGAUCUGUCGAAGAACCGGCUAUGUGAGCUUCCAGAGGAGCUCUGUCAGUUCAUCUCUCUGGAGACCCUGAGCUUGUACCACAACGGAAUGCGUUUAUUGUCCCCCAGCCUGGCCAACCUCCAGGCCCUCACCUACCUCAACCUCAGUCGGAAUCUCCUGUCUAGUUUGCCUCCAUCCAUGUUUCAGCUUUCCCUCCUGCGAGUGCUUAUUGUCAGCAACAACAAGCUGUCUUCGCUGCCCUCAUCCAUCUACUCUCUCACACACCUGCGACAGCUGGAUGUCAGCUGUAAUGAGCUGCAGAGUUUACCAGCAGAACUUGGUCAACUGGAGAGUCUGAGGGACUUGAACCUAAGGAGGAACCAGCUCACCACGUUGCCUGAAGAAAUAUCCGAACUUCCACUUGUUCGGCUCGAUGUGUCCUGCAACCGAAUUUCCCACGUGCCUCUGUGUUACCGUCACCUCCGACAUCUGCAGACCAUCUCACUGGACAGCAAUCCUUUACAAAUGCCACCUGCACAAAUCUGCUCCAAAGGCAAAUAUCACAUCUUCAAGUACCUCAACAUGGAGGCCUGUAAGAGUCACGAGGAGCUGGAGAAGCACCUAAACCUGAGGCCGACUGGAUUUAAAAGCUGCCUCUCAGACCAGGAGCUGUUCACAUGUCAGUUUGGUGGCCUGGACUCCGGCUUUAAUAGUGUGGACAGCGGCAGCAAAAGAUGGUCUGGGAAUGAGUCAGCCGAUGACUUCUCAGAGCGUUCUCUUCAGAUGGCUGAGGUCAACAGGGACCAAAGAAACCUUGAGGAGGAGGAUGAAGAAGAGGAUAGUUCCCCAGAGGCUAACAAUGUGAAUGGAGCAGCUGAACAGGUCAACUUCAUCAACAGCAGCGUGACAGAGGUGAUCAGGAUAGAUCCACCUACACCUCUCAUCAUGCCUCCUUCGGAGCAGGAGACAUCUUUACCAUCCCAAAGCCAAGACACAACAAACAGAUCCAGCCCCCAGAUGGAGGGGAACUCCUAUUCAUCAGUGUCCUCGUCCCCUGUGUCACCGUCCAGCCCCACCCUGGAGGAGAGGAGGAGGCCUGGCACCUUGUUCAUCUGGCAGGAGAGAGAACGGCUUCAGCAACAGCGGGCGAAGGCCAGUUUGUUCAAGUCAUCCACUAAAUCUGGAAGUCAUGUGGCCUCUGCACCACAGACAGGAAGCAGCUCAUGUGGUGGCUCACCAGAAAAUGGUAACGCCCAAACAGGCCUGCGUCAGAGAUGUGCAAGUGCUGACCAGAUGAGCACAGGAUCACCAUCAGUCCUUCUGCAUCGCUCCAGCAGCAGAACAGAUGUGCCGUCCUCUCCAAAGGCAUCCUCUCCUCCUGGUCAAGCUCAGAAGCCCAACAGUUUCCUGUUUCGCACCUCCUCUCGGAGCAAUGUCAAACCCACAGGGAACAUUUUCACUCUGGGUGAUUCUGGUAGGUGUGAAUCUCGCACCACUCUGCGUUCGCCAAAAGAGGAGAGAAGAGACAUUACACAACUACGCAAGACCUUGGAAUCUCGGCUGAAGAUUUCUCUGCCGGAGGACCUGACUGAGGCUCUGUCCAACGGAACCAUCCUCUGCCAGCUGGUCAAUCAGAUCCGACCGCGCUCUGUGUCAAUCAUCCACAUUCCCUCCCCUGCAGUGCCAAAACUGAGCUCAGCAAAAUCCCGACUUAACGUUGAAAACUUCAUCGCUGCUUGUCGCAAGCUGGGAGUCCCUGAGCCUGAAAUGUGUGUGUGCUCUGAUGUGCUUCUAUGUAAGCUGCCUGCUAUGCUGCGCUGUGUGGCGGCCUUGGUGGCCGUGGAAGCGGGGGAGCCUGAAGAGGACCGCUCCCCUUACUGUGCGUCACCUGCGUCUUCGUCGCCCUCCUCUUCCUCCUCACUGCUGUCGGCAGACUUCCUGUUCUUUUACUGCUCUGCCAUGGCGCUUCUCUACGUCAUCUACUGCUAUCUGUUCACCUAAAGCAGCUGCACAGAACCCUUCCAGACUCCAUGUUGAGCUGUUCUACAGAACGUCCAGCUGUCACUGAAACAAUGUGAACAGUGUGUGUUGAGAACACACUGACUGUAGAUCAGGUGUCUUAAGCUGUCAGCUGCUCUGGCUGGAUGUUGGAGGCAUAAAGAAUACUAAAUGAUGAUGAUAUGAGAGAGGAUGAACAGGGAGAUGCCUUAACUUGAUCUAGCUUUGAUUCUAUAAAGCACCGCAUGUUUGGAAAAGGUGGGAGGCAUGUCUGGAACUGAGCUGCUUGGUGGCACAAAGUGUGUCUUUGGCUGAGAUGUUUGGGUGGAACAGAGGAACCAAAUCUGUUACAUAACAGAUCUGCAGUCUUUAAAAAAAACCUAAACAUUGGAGCUUUUAGGAAAGGUUGUUGUAUAGUUUAUUUUCAAUAUAUAUAUCUGUACUAACUGCAUGUGCUUCCAUCAAAAGUCUACAUGUGCUCUGGUUUGCUAGGACGGUUAUUUAAAUGGUUUAGAUCCAGGUAGAAGCCAGUCCUGGAGAUGUGAUUUAUUUUUCAUCCUGCCUUAUAAGAGGCCAGACAUGUCUGGGAUUGUUUUUUAUUGGAAUUAUAAUGAAAGCAGGAUCAGCCUUAAGGCUGUUUGUCUUUUGCUUUAGUGCAAUAGCGAUAAAACACACACUGCGCACCCAGCGUGUUCUUGUUUGUUGCUAUAUUUACUCAUCCACCUAAACUUCUUGGAGCAAACGUAUGGUAUGGAUGAGGAUCAGUUUGUUGCCCCUCUGGUAGAAAUGUGUAAAAGCAUUAGAAUAAAUGUAUCUUUGAUUGCAGCAGUAUAACCUGACUGAACAUUUUAGAAAAAUUCAACGUUUAAUUUGAGUACAUUUAUUAAUUUAUUCAUUGUCUUCAGCAAAAACAACAGCAAGCAAGUUAUUGGUACCUCUGCUGUUAAUACUUCCUUUUGACCCUUUUGCCUACAAAACAGAACCAAGUCUUCUCCAACAACCUAACCUUCAACAGAAAGACAGGUCUCUGAUCAGUUCUUUUUGCACAAUCUCUCUAGAUGGUCCAGAGUCUGAUACCCUCUUCUCUUCUCUUUUCUCUUCUCUUCUCUUCUCUUCUCUUUUCUCUUCUCUUCUCUUCUCUUCUCUUCUCUUCUCUUCAGCUCAGCCCAUAGUUUUUCCACAGGAUUUAGGUCUGGGUGCUGAGGUGGCUGUGGAAGACAGUUGAUUUAGUGUCUGCUGAACCAUUUCUUUGUCAGUAUGGUCUCUUAUCCUGUUGAAAUAACAACCUAUUUUCUUUUUUCAGCUACACUCUAUCAAGUUUGUUUAAAUUCAAAUGAUCUGUUAUUUCAAAUAACUCACAAUGUUAUGUACUCUCAUGGAGUUCUCAGGGGCUCUGAAACACAGACAGACCCAGAGCAUCACAGGUCCUCCACCACUCUUAACAGUUUGCCUGUGGUGCUUUUUCACAUGAUCAGCUUUGGUUUUACAGCAAACCCACCUGGAGUGUUUGUUCCAGACGGUUCCAGUUCAUAUCCCUGCAGCGUGUGGCAAACUCCACAUAUUUACGUUUGUGUUGGUUGGAUAGAAAGGGCAUCACUCCAAACCAACCAAUUGACCUUUAGAUGGAGACUUGGUGACUCCAAGCUACCACUCUGUGCUGCAUUUCUCUAACAGUGAGCUUUGGAGAUAUUUUUACUUCCAUCACCAUCCUGCUCACUGUGUGGUGACAAGAUAAAUUUGGGUCCUUAUCCCAAACUGAAAUGGACCUCUGUGUCACAUCAUAUGUAUACCCCAGGAAAACAGGAAGUCACAGAUUACUAGUUAGAAGUUUCUAUAAGCUCUGAUUAGCUUAUAGAAAACGCUACAGGUACAUUUUUUUAAAAAGGAUUAUCAGAGGUACCAAUAACUGUGUUUCUGUUAACACAUUAGUUUUUUUCCUAAUUGAAUAAAUGUACUGAUGUUAAAGCAUUGAUUUUUUUCCUACAUUUUAAUGUGUGAAAUUCUGCUGCUGCAAUUAAAGAUUAAUUUAUUUUAGAGCUUUUUCCACAUCAGGGCCAAUAAAUUUGUCAAGUAUUUUUGGAUUGUGCAGAUUCUCUGAACAUUGCUGUGAAAAAAGUCCCAGUUUUUUAUCUGACUUGAGAGGACUUCUUUGCACUCAUUUUUCAAUGCAGAGCAAUAUUUAAACAUUUAACCUUAUUCUAAACAAGACAGUUAUUCUGUUUGACCUACAGGUACAUAUUCUUGUUAAUAUAUUUAAACUUUUCCAAAUAGGAGCCCUCAAACCGUGUAACUGCAGUUUACAGCCAGAAAAUAUUGCAUAGUAUUUAUGUAAUACACCUUGAAGCUACAUAAUCUGCAUACCCUCUAUAUUAUAUGUGCAUUAAGGUUUACACUGUGGUGGUAUAUUUUACAGUCAGAUUAACAUGUAAAGCUAAAGCAGGACGUCAGUUAAAGGCAUGAAUAUAAGCAGGGGUACACUGUCCUGCAGGUGGGUCAAGUGACUUCCAGGAACAUCAUCACAUAGUACAAAAACCUCACAUAAUAUUGAUCAGCAGUCCCAGUUCAAUUUCUGAACUUCUAACAGUGGGAAAACCACAAACUCCCAUCAGCAUCACCUAAAUGAUGGGAAUGUUAAUCCCUUUAACUCCAGGAAACAUCUCUAAACUGGUUUCCUCCAGCCUGUGACACUCUAACUCUCAACCAGUAAAAACUAUUUGUGCCUCCAGAGGAACUCUGAUGUUUUAUCGUAAGACUUUCCAGAGACUGAACUAUGAAUGGGAUUUUUAGCCCUGAGACAAAUGUAAGUUCAUUAAAUAUGGAAUUUGGAUGUGAAGCGUUGAUGUUUGCCACUGAAUAAAGUGACAGGCAGAAAGCUGAAAGUGCCUGUUGCUCAACACUGACCUUGUCUAAAAUGCAUGCUGUGUUACCUGGUAGCAGCAGAGGGCGAUGUUGCUUCAUCAGCCACUUAAUCAACGGUACAAACCCCUUCCAGGAGGUGGUGUGUGAAGCCCUGUUUGUCGUUGGCACUGGUCUAUUUGACCUGUUGACUUUACUUGUAUAAAUGUAAACAGGUUAUUAAAUUAUUGCUUUUAUUUAUUUUUAUUUUGUUCUAAUUUUGUUUUUGUGGGGAAACAGCAGAAGCUCUCCAAGGUUUGGGAAAUUAGUGCAGAAACUUUAAAUAACAGCAGAUCAAUAUUUAAUUAUUAUGAGUUAAACUAACAGUGGAGCUUGAAUUUUCUCUUGGCUACACAUCUAACAAACCAUUAGACAGCCUCUGCACUUUCCACCACACAUUAUCCUUUGUGUCUUUCUGCUCAUAGAAGGUCAGUGACUGCAGAUAAACUCAAUUUAAAAACUCGUUAUCAGGUUCAUAUAACUUAUGUGGAGCUUCAAAGCCAAAAUGUAUAGCAGGAUUCCACAACAGUUUGAACUGCCCUAAACAUGAAAAAACUCUAGAAAUGAUAGAACGGGUUGGAACAAAUUGAAUGAAUUAAUAGAAGAAAAGAGUAAAAUAAGAAGAUACAUUGAAUAUUCUUAAAAAUCUAUUCUUAAAAUGGGAAGUCUCAAAUUACCAGGAAUGUUGUGAACCAUGAUUCAGUGAAGAGGUUAUGAGCAAUCAAUAUCUUACCUGCAGUACAUAACUCUUUUCUAUGAUACUCUUUCUGGUCAGGUGCGCCAGACUUUAGUUAUCUAGACUGAGGUCCACAUGUUUACUGCAGGUAAGAUGCUCUUCAUAACCACAACUUCACAAAAUCCAACAUUUCCUUAAAGCUGAGCAAAUAAAGUCAUGAAGAAAUGGUAGAAGACCAUUUUACAUCACUAUCAAGAGUCAACCCCUUAAUACUUCUUGAGAAAGGUUUCAUGUUUCUUCUCCUUCAUACAACUAAAGUUAGUUUAUUUCUUCAUCUCGUCAGACUUCUUUAAGCAGCUUCAAGCAUCUGCUGUCAUAGUCAGUCAGUUAGCUCCAGGCUACAGCUUGGAUAUGAACGUUUCAUUCAACAGUCCAGGUGUUGCUACCAGUGCUACUCUGCGUGCCUCUGGUUGUUCUUGGCUUAGUCUGUGCAGUGGCCACCAACUGGGGUUCAUCUCCCAUACUACAAAAUAAACUCCAUGUCCACUCAGUACAGAUGCUGCCAUCUCCACUCAGACCAUCUACAGCUUUGCUAAGGCUGGCUGCUGCUGCUAGUAACGAUGGGCUCUAUUUGUAUUCAGAUGAUGUCAUUUUUGUGGAAAAACUAAGUGAACUGAGAUGCUCCAAAAAACUGAAAUACAAAUGGGAACCAAAAAAAUAGCUUUUUGUGAAAAGAUAAAUGAUCAAUUAGAAACAAAAAGAGUUCUUGCCUCCUUAAAUGAAAGGCGAAACAUUUCCUAAACUUGGUGGUUGAUUUUGUUCUAUUUUCCAAAGCAGGAUUUAGGUCGGUCUAUCUUCAAUAUGUUCGCUUUCUGUACAUGUUUUAAUGAAUGGGUUCUUUGGACACCCCUGGAGUACAGCCUCUGUUUGUGAACAUGUUGCAACAGUGUCUGGAUUCAGUUUCUCUAACUUGAAACAGAAUUUAAAAUCUAGAUUCCAAGCCAGAAAAACGCAUCGGUAUAUCACCUGAAUUCAAAAUCCUAUUUGGGGAAGCUGCAAGUUUCUCACCAACCCAACCUCAAUAUCCAACAUUAGUCCUAGAGAAACAAAUGUUCCACAGGUUGCUAACAGUAGUUAGCCUCGCCCCUGAGGACAACCAUUUUCAGAUCUGAUCCUCAACCUUAAAGUCAAAUAUAUGGUGUUGUAUCUUGUGUUUUUUAACCUGCAGCAUCAUCUUAAAUAAUGAUUUGAUGUUGAUUUUGCAUCUUCCGAGCCAGCGGAAGCAAACAGGUCUUUCUGUAGUUCCUAAGCAUGUUAGCCAACCAUUAGAAAAUUUGGAGAAAAAAAAAACUUGAUGAGAACUGGAAAACACCCAUCAUGUAUAUUAAUGGAGGAGACUGUUUCUAUGCUCAAUACCAUUCUGAUAUAAAAAAAAACAACACAUUUUUACACUAUCGUUUCAUUUUUAAUUUCUAUGUUGUUUAUCGGACACUUUAAGCGCUUCAACUCGGGUAUAGCAGCAGACGGUUACAUUAGGUCAUAGAAUGGACUGUGCAAAGCUUUAUCACACAGUUCAGUUAUACAAAGGUCAGAACAUCUGCUGUAAAAACACCCCUUAUUUCUUUUUGUUAAACUGCUGUUAUUAUGGAAAUUAUUUCAGUUCAAUGUAUAUUUUGAGUGAAACUGGAUUAGCAACAUGCAAUAAAUUCAUUCAUUGGCUUAGAGCAAGCUAUAUUCCUACACGUUAGUGGAACAGAAAUACUGUUGUAUUUUAUAUUUAUAUAAUACUCUUUUUGACUUCAUAUGAAUUUAUAUGGUUGUUUUUCUUCCUGUUGUAAAGAAAUGAUUAAAAAUGAAACUUUGA